AUGGAGGUUAAGGAUUGUAAGAAGUAUGUCAAAGUUGAGAAGAGCAAGGUUGAACAGGAGGAGGAGAAGAAAGAGGAGAUGAUAGCGAUGCAGGAGACUGUGGGGGAUGAUGAGAAGAUGAAUGAUGGGACUGAUGGGAAGAAAGACGAUGUAAUGGAGGACAAUGAGAAGGUGGAGGAUGAACAAAAAGAGGACGGUGAGAAGGUCGAUGAUGAUGAGAAGGUGGAAGAUGAAAGAAAAGACAACGAUGAGAAGGUCGAUGAUGAUGAGAAGGUGAAGGAUGAAAGAAAAGACAACGAUGAGAAGGUCGAUGAUGAUGAGAAGGUGGAGGAUGAACGAAAAGACAACGAUGCGAAGGUGGAGGACGUAAAGAUGGAGGUUGAGGCUAAAGUGGAGGACGGUGAGAAGCUGGAUGGUGUGGCUAAGGUGGAUGAUGUGGAGGUUGAUCUGAAACUGAAGGUGAAGGAUUUGAAAGUGAAGGUGAAGGAUGAGAAGACUGUGGGGAUGUGA